CCUCGGCCAGGCGCGCUCACGCGGACACGGGCGCAGCGGCACCAUGGCGCAAGCCGCCAAGCAGGUUCGCAAGAACAGGGACCUAGCGGAGGCUGCGGCCCAGGAGCAGCGCGAGAAGGAGGAGGAGAAGAUCAAGAAGAGGAACCGCUCGAGGGACCGCAGGCGCAAGGCGGAUGCAGCGACCAGUUUUCUGCGUGCUGCGCGCUCAGGUAAUCUGGAAAAGGCUCUGGACCAUAUCAAAAACGGAAUAGACAUCAACACAGCCAAUCAGAAUGGACUUAACGGGUUGCACUUGGCUUCGAAGGAAGGCCACGUUAAGAUGGUGCUGGAGCUGCUGCACCAUGGGAUUGAACUAGAGAGCACCACAAAGAAAGGGAAUACUGCCCUACAUAUUGCUGCUUUGGCUGGUCAAGAGAAAGUUGUCGCUGAGCUAGUCCACUAUGGUGCCAAUGUCAAUGCCCAGUCUCAGAAAGGUUUCAGUCCCUUAUAUAUGGCAGCACAAGAGAACCACUUGGAAGUUGUGAAAUUUCUUUUGGAGAAUGGAGCCAAUCAGAGCCUUCCAACUGAGGAUGGCUUCACGCCGCUAGCCGUGGCUCUGCAGCAGGGCCAUGAGAAUGUGGUGGCUCUCCUCAUUAACUAUGGCACCAAAGGCAAAGUGCGCCUGCCUGCUCUCCACAUUGCUGCCCGCAACGACGACACACGCACCGCAGCUGUGCUGCUGCAGAACGACCCCAACCCCGACGUCCUCAGCAAGACUGGCUUUACUCCUCUUCACAUUGCAGCACAUUAUGAGAAUUUGAGUGUUGCACAGCUGCUGUUGAACAGAGGAGCCAAUGUGAACUUCACACCUAAGAAUGGCAUCACUCCACUGCAUAUUGCUGCCAGAAGGGGGAAUGUGAUCAUGGUUCGUCUGCUCUUGGACAGGGGGGCUCAGAUAGAUGCCAGGACGAAGGAUGAGCUGACCCCGCUGCACUGUGCGGCCAGGAAUGGCCACGUGCGGGUCAUUGAGAUCCUCCUGGACCAAGGAGCGCCCAUCCAGGCCAAAACUAAGAAUGGCCUGUCUCCCAUCCACAUGGCAGCGCAGGGCGAUCACAUGGACUGCGUGCGGCAGCUACUGCAGUACAACGCUGAGAUCGAUGACAUCACUCUGGACCACCUGACGCCGCUGCAUGUGGCAGCGCAUUGUGGCCACCACCGCAUGGCCAAGGUGUUGCUAGACAAGGGAGCCAAGGCCAAUGCUCGAGCUCUGAAUGGCUUCACUCCUCUACACAUUGCCUGUAAGAAGAACCACAUGCGCUCCAUGGACCUCCUGCUCAAGCAUUCAGCGUCUUUGGAGGCAGUGACUGAGUCCGGUCUGACUCCACUCCAUGUGGCUUCAUUUAUGGGGCACCUUAACAUAGUGAAGAGCUUGCUGCAGAGAGGAGCUUCCCCCAAUGCAUCUAACGUGAAAGUGGAGACUCCUUUGCACAUGGCUGCUCGAGCAGGGCACUGUGAAGUGGCUCAGUUUCUGCUGCAGAACUCAGCCCAGGUGGAUGCUAAAGCUAAGGACGAUCAGACUCCACUGCACUGUGCAGCACGGAUGGGCCAUAAGGAGUUGGUGAAGCUGCUGUUGGAACAUAAGGCCAAUCCUGACUCAGCCACCACGGCUGGCCACACCCCUCUGCACAUUGCUGCCCGGGAGGGACACGCCCACACCACACGCAUUCUCUUAGACGGCAAUGCCCAGCAAACCAAGAUGACUAAGAAAGGUUUUACCCCCCUUCAUGUGGCGUGUAAAUAUGGGAAGGUGGACGUGGCGGAGCUGCUUCUGGAAAGAGGAGCUAAUCCUAACGCAGCAGGAAAGAAUGGACUGACCCCUUUGCACGUAGCUGUCCAUCACAACAACCUGGAUGUGGUCAGGCUGCUGGUGAGCAAGGGUGGCUCUCCGCACAGCACUGCCCGAAAUGGCUACACUCCUCUGCACAUUGCGGCUAAGCAGAAUCAGCUGGAGGUGGCCAGCAGUCUGCUGCAGUGUGGAGCCAAUACCAACGCUGAGUCCUUGCAGGGGGUCACCCCUCUCCACCUGGCCGCUCAGGAGGGACGACCCGACAUGGUCGCUCUCCUCAUCUCUAAGCAGGCCAACGUCAACCUGGGAAACAAGAACGGCCUGACCCCUCUGCACCUGGUGGCACAGGAGGGACACGUGGGCAUCGCAGACAUGCUGGUGAAGCAGGGCGCCUCAGUCUACGCAGCCUCAAGGAUGGGAUACACACCCUUACAUGUGGCGUGUCACUAUGGCAACAUAAAGAUGGUGAAGUUUCUUUUGCAACAGCAGGCCCACGUUAACAGUAAGACCAGAGUGGGCUACACACCUCUUCAUCAGGCAGCUCAGCAGGGUCAUACGGAUAUUGUCACUCUGCUCCUGAAACACGGUGCCCUCCCCAACGAGAUCACGACUAACGGAACCUCACCCCUGGGCAUCGCUAAGCGGCUAGGCUAUAUCUCUGUCAUUGAUGUGCUCAAACUGGUGACUGAGGAAUCCGUGUCCAUGAUCACCACAGAGAAGCAUCGUAUGAGUUUCCCAGAGACAGUGGAUGAGAUCCUGGAUGUGUCAGAGGAUGAAGGAGUUGCGCAGCUAACAUUAGGCGAUGAGUUGCUGGGGAUGGAUGGCGCUCGCUACCUGAAGCUGGACGACCUGAAGGAUCAGGAUGAUGACUUUCUUUCACCAAAGAAGACUCUGCGGGACUUUGAGAGUGGACUGGGCACGACACCAUACUCUCCUGCUAUUCCCCGAAUUCCAUGUGUAUCUCCAGAGACUGUCAUGCUGGACCAGCAUACUCCUGUCCCUCUGCCUAAAGAAUAUGAUGAGGACUCUCUGAUCCCCAGUAGUCCAGCCACAGAAACCUCAGACAACGUUAGCCCAGUGGCCAGCCCCAUCCACACUGGGUUUCUGGUCAGUUUCAUGGUAGAUGCGAGGGGUGGGUCCAUGCGCGGCAGCAGACACAACGGAUUACGAGUGAUCAUUCCCCCACGCACCUGUGCUGCGCCCACACGAAUUACCUGCCGUCUGGUCAAACCACAGAAACUAACGACCCCUCCUCCUCUGGUGGAGGGAGAGGGCCUCGCCUCCCGCAUUAUCUCACUGGGGCCCUCCAGCAUGCAGUUCUUGGGGCCAGUGAUUGUGGAGAUUCCUCACUUUGCUUCUUUGGGGAGAGGUGAUCGAGAGCUUGUGGUCCUGCGUAGUGAGAAUGGCUCAGUCUGGAAGGAGCAUCGCAACCGCUAUGGUGACGAUGUGCUGGAGACCAUUCUCAAUGGCAUGGAUGAAGAUCUGGAGAGUCAGGAAGAGCUGGAGAAGAAAAGAAUCCGUCGGAUAAUUUCCACAGACUUCCCCCUUUACUUUGCGGUGGUGUCACGUGUCCAGCAGGAGAGUGAUCUGAUUGGUCCAGAAGGUGGUCAGCUGAUCAGUAAGCUGGUGCCCCAAGUCCAGGCCAUUUUCCCUGAGACGGCUGUCACCAAGCGAGUGCGGCUAGGCCUGCAGGCUCAGCCAAUCCCUGAUGAGUUGUUGACUCGGCAGUUAGGUAAUCAGGCCACGUUCAGCCCCGUAGUGACGGUGGAGCCACGCAGACGCAAGUUCCACAGGCCCAUCGGCCUGCGCAUCCCCCUGCCCCCAUCCUGGAGGGAGAGUCCACGGGAUGCUGGAGAGGGAGAUACCACCAGCCUGCGACUCCUCUGCAGUGUUAUUGGUGGCACGGCCCCAGCUCAGUGGGAGGACAUCACUGGCACAACCAAGCUAAUGUACUCCAACAACUGUGCCAACUUCACCACCAAUGUGUCAGCAAGGUUCUGGCUAGCGGACUGUCCUCGGACAGCAGAGGCUGUGACCUUCGCCAACCUACUGUACCGUGAGCUGAUGGCGGUGCCAUACAUGGCCAAGUUUGUGGUGUUUGCCAAAAUGAAUGAGGCACGGGAGGGCCGCCUUCGCUGCUACUGCUUGACUGAUGACAAGAUGGACAAAACCCUGGAGCUGCAUGAAAAUUUCACAGAGGUGGCACGCAGCAGAGACAUUGAGGUAAUGGAGGGGAUGCCAUUGCACUUAGAAUGUUCUGGAAACCUGGUGCCAGUGAGGAAGGCCACCCAGCAACCUCGUACUUUCAGUUUCCAGGCCUUCAGAGACAACAGACUACCCGUCUCAGUGAAGGUGAGAGACAGCAAUAAGGAUGCCACUGGGUUCUUGUCUUUCCUCCGCAAGUCCACCAAAUAUGAGGAAACGCAGCAUGUGCUGUGCAAUCUCAACAUCACCAUGCCUCCCUGUGUUAAGGUGGUGGGAAGUGAAGACCGUAGGCGGACUCUUACGCCACUGGCCUUGAGGGAGCGAUACAGUGCCCUGAACGAGCCAGGCCUGGUUACUGUGAACACCAUUGAGAGGACAGAGCUGAAAAUCACGCUGAUUGCUGAGCAGCUGGGCUUAAGCUGGACUGAGUUGGCCAGAGAGCUGCAGUUUGGUGUUGAUGACAUUAAUAGAAUACGAGUAGAAAACCCCAACUCCCUCCUUGACCAAAGCUCAGCUCUACUAAACCUGUGGGCCAGCCGGGAGGGCAAGAUGGCCAAAAUGGAGAACUUGUAUGGAGCAUUGAAGAACAUCGACCGGUCAGACAUUGUGAAGUCUCUAGAGGCUCAGGCUCCACAGGCUGUACCGGAGGCUGGAGAGGAGGGGGCCUGCAGGCUGGCUGAGCGCGACUCCACCAUGCUGUCUCCCAGUGUGAUUAAUGGUUACGGGCUGGUGCAGGAGGAGCUGCUCUCACCGGCCUCCAUGCAGUACAGCCUGCCUUCACCACUGGGCGUGGAGCCCUACUGGCAGGAGGUGUCAAGCCUGGAGUGCGCCCCCAUUGCCCCCACCGAGGAGGAGGCCAUGCUGGAGAUGUCGGACGUUCAGGUUUGGCCGGCGGGCGUCAGUCCAUCCCUGGUGACCGUGGAGGACUCAUCUCUGGACGGCAGCAGCCGGGCAGACGACUCAGAGGCUAACACGCUGAGCCUGCCCUGCAGCAGCUUGGGACGUCCCAGCAGCGGCGCAAGCGGGGCCAGCGGAUCUAUCAUGGAGCUGGAGGAGGAGGAGGAAGAGGAAGAGGAGGUGGAUGAAGAGGACAUGCAGCACGAUCCAGUAGCUGGGGGUGCCAUCCCCAAAGCCAACCCUAACGGGCAGGUUGGAGGUCAGAGGUCGGAAGGCAGGAGAGCAGAGGUGGUGGCGGGCUGCAGUAUGGCAGGGGGAGCUAGAGGAGGUGCAGGUGGAGGAGGGGCAAUUGCAAGCUCAGAGGAAAAGUUUUCUGUUCUUACAGGGCAGCAGAUAUAUGCUCAGCUGUGUGAGAGGACCGGCCUGACCCGAGCACUAGAGCACAACGGAGACAGGCUAGGCAGCGGUGCUUUUCAGCCGUAUGUCCAGGAGAAGGAGGCGUUUUCUGAGUCCCUGCACAGCUGGUCCCAGUCCAAAGGCAGACAGGCGGCGGGGUCAUCUGGACGGGAGCAGAGCCAGCCGCGUGUGGCACAAGAAGCCCUGCUGACGCCGGUAUGUGACACGGGCCAUUCGGAGGUCCUGCGUGGGAGGCUCCUGGGCACUCAGCCCUUUGAGAAAGGGCUGGGCUUCUCCCACCAGGAGGGGGAGUUGCGGGUGUGGGACCAGGACAGACGGAAGGCACAGAGAGAUGAGCCAGUAGAGUUCACCAGUGAACAUCUGAGGGAGGAGCAGUUCACUGAUGAGCACGGCAACGUCAUGAACAAACUGGGUGUGGAUGUGAAGAGGGGAGCGCAGGCUGUGAAGCACGCCAGUCUGCGGAGAGUAAAGCACUGAAACUAACACAUACUGUCCUGAAGGGCCGGACAUCCACUGCCAAACCAUCCUUCACCCAGACACACUUGGGAGACAGAACGAGACGAGGGGUGCACGAA